CGCGUACUACAUAUAUAAAUUAUUUUGAUGAUGAGCAAUCCAUCUGCUGCCACUUCAGAAAGUUCCCGGUACUAUGAGAAUACUUUUAGAGAGGACUAUGAAUUGGAAAAGAAUCUCAUAGUUGACCAAGAUAAGGAUACGAUUUGUGAUGACUUCAAAGAAACAUUAUCAGCCAGUGUUAAAAGCUUGAUGAGAGAACUGGAAAGAAAUAAGAACUACUUCGAAAACUCUACUGACUUUUCAAUUUACACAGGAACUACGGGAAUCGCAAACUUGUAUUACCAUUACGGCACAAAUUUUAACGACCCAUCUUACAUUAGCAGAGCUAACGAAACGAUUGAACGAAGCCUAAGCAGAUUGAAAACUUCCAAGAGAUUGAUUACAUUUCUGUGUGGAAGUGCAGGUCCCUUAGCUUUAGGGGCAGUUAUUAACCACUUGCAUUUUGCCAAAGAUAAAUCGCGCUCAAUGAUCGCAGACUUAGCGGAAUUAUCAAAGCACGUUAUUGGCAAAAAUAGUGAUUGCCCUGAUGAACUGCUUUAUGGACGCGCUGGCUAUCUUUACGCACUACUGUUUGUUAAUAACCGUAUAACUCCCCCACCAUUUGAGGCAAGCCUCAUCAAACAGGUGAUUGAAUGUAUUUUAAAUUCUGGCCAAGUCACUGCCAAGGCGGUGCGCUCUGAAUUUCCAUUGCUCUACUCUUGGCACGAUAAACUUUAUCUGGGAGGCGCGCAUGGCUUAGCUGGAAUAUUAUUUUUAUUACUUCAGGCAGUUCCAUAUCUGACAGAGUAUCAGCUCAAGGAACAAAUAGAACCAGCUAUACACUACCUCAUGAAGAUGAGAUUUGUUUCUGGCAAUUUUCCGUCUUCUGUUGGCAAUCAGUCAGAUAAAUUGGUUCAGUGGUGCCAUGGAGCCCCUUCGAUGACUAUGCUUUUUCAUCAAGCCUAUAAGGUAUUUGGUAAGCCGGAAUAUCUUCAAGUUGCUUUAGGAUGCGGAGACGUAGUAUGGUCUAGAGGACUUUUGAAGAAAGGGUAUGGAAUAUGUCACGGUGUUGCGGGAAAUGCUUAUACGUUCUUGUAUCUCUACCAGGCAACCAAAGAGAUCAAACACCUGUACAGAGCUUGUAAGUUCGCAGAAUGGUGCAUGAAUUAUGGUAAACAUCAAAACAGGACACCGGAUCGACCAUUUUCAUUAUUUGAAGGACUGGCUGGUACGAUUUAUUUCCUCAUUGAUGUUCAGCAGCCGUUGUUCGCUAACUUCCCUGCCUAUGCCGUAUGACUGA